AACAAAACAAGUGAUGCUUGGCGCUCUGCUUCUUCUUCGACAUUCAAAAAGCGUGGUGCCGAAAGUCACUGGCUUGGCACGUUUAAUGGCCAACUUUACACAAGUUAGUAACCCCAUAACGGGGCAGAGUGGAUGGCAGGAGCGCGACGAUAACUAUGACUAUCACUUGGAGGUGGCAAAUGCGGGCUUUGGCGACAUGUUGCAUGAUUGGGAGCGCAACCAAAAAUACUACAAGGCUCUUAAAAAAACUAUAGCUAACAUGCGCGAAGCGGGCAAGAAGGUGCAUGUGCUGGACAUUGGUACGGGCACUGGCAUAUUGGCAAUGAUGGCAUUACGCGCUGGCGCUGAUACUGUCACAGCCUGUGAAGCUUUUAUGCCCAUGGCAAAUUGUGCACAACGCAUUUUGGCAGCCAAUGAUGCAUCACAGGUGCGCCUCAUACGCAAGCGCUCAACGGAAAUAGUAAUGGGCGUGGAUAUGACACAAAGAGCAAACUUGCUUGUAGCUGAGCUGCUGGACACGGAGCUGAUUGGCGAAGGUGCCAUUGGCAUCUACAAUCAUGCCCAUAAAGAGUUACUCACCGAAGAUGCCUUAUGUAUACCCGCGCGUGCAAAUUGUUAUGCACAGGUUGUGGAAUCGUCGCUUGCGGCUCAGUGGAAUAGCUUAAAACUAUUGGCCAAUCUAGAUGGCGAUAUACUGCUGCGUCCACCUAAAGAAUUACAGCAAUGCAGUGGCGAGGCGGCACUGCAUGAUGUGCAGCUAUCCCAGCUGCCCUCCAAUAGCUUUCGUUGUUUAACGGAGCCCGCAGAGAUUUUCGAGUUUGACUUCCAACGGAAGCAGCCGCGUGAGUUAAAACGCCAACGUGCCGUAAAAAUACAGCUGCAACACGCUGGCAAUGCGGAGCUGGUCUUUUACUGGUGGCAAAUAGCGUUGGACGACGCUGGUGAGGUGCUGCUCAGCUGCGCGCCUUAUUGGGCACAUCCUGAGCUAUGUCAACUGCAAAACACUUGCCAGGACAACCGGCGACCGCUGGCUAAUUUAGUCCCCUGGCGGGAUCACUGGAUGCAAGCCAUCUAUUACCUGCCCCAGCCGGUACAACUGCAACUGAGCGAUGCGCAUUUAUGGCUGAACUGCUGCCACGACGAAUACUCGCUCUGGUUUGAGGCUCACAAGCAGCUGCCUACAGAGAAGCAGGUGCGUCGCCAUACUUGCAGCUGUGACUUGCAUAUGACCUACUCACGCAGUCGCAUUGGCCAGCUAAACCAAGGUACACGUAACAAGCGCUACCUGAGCUACCUGGAACAGGCAAUCCAACCAGACAAGCAGCAACAUGUUCUGCUGCUAGGCGAUGGUUGCCUGCUGGGAAUGGCCAGCGCGGCACUCGGUGCUGCUAGUGUUACCUGCGUGGAACCACAUCGAUUCUCGAGACGUUUGGUCGAUUCUGUGGUCAAACACAAUGCCUUAAAGAGCGUUACAUUUUUCGAGCAACUACAGCAGAUUCCAGCAGAUCAAUUAGGCAAACUGACUCACAUCUUUGCUGAGCCCUACUUUCUCAACUCUAUUUUGCCUUGGGAUAAUUUUUAUUUCGGCACUCUGAUCUUGCAGCUGCAACAGCAGCAACUGAGUGAACAGCUACAAAUAUCACCAAGUGGCGCACGAAUUUAUGCAUUGCCCGUUGAGUUUCUAGAUUUGCACAAAAUUCGCGCGCCUGUUCGUAAUUGCGAAGGCUUCGAUCUAAAGCUCUUUGAUCAAAUGGUGCAGCAUUCUGCGGAGCAGGCGCUAUCGCUAGUGGAGGCACAACCGCUUUGGGAGUAUCCUUGCCGUGCCUUAACGCAGCCGCAGCAGUUGCUCAGCGUUGAUUUUUAUAAUUUUGGUCAGGAGCAGAUGAAUCAUGGACAUCUGAAACUAGAAGACGCGUUCGGCGUGUGCAAUGGCAUUGCUUUGUGGGUGGACUGGGAAAUUGUCAAAGACUCACCCAAAUCUGUCGUUAGUACUGGACCCUCGGAGACUAUAGUGCCUGGUCAGUUUGUCAAGUGGGACAUGUUUGUACGACAGGGCGUACACUUUACCAACUAUACGGAGAAGUCAGCACAGCUGGAUUGGAACACCACCUUCAAGCCGCAGCUAGGCGAGCUUAGCUUCAAAUUUACGCUUAGCCCACAACAUAUAAAAAACGCAUAACAACGGAUUUGAGCUCAUUUUGAAGCACAAGAAUUUAGUUCAAGCAGACAAUUAAAACACAAAACUAUUACAACGCAA